AUGGGGAAAGCUAAACAAAAAACCACGCAACCAUCAGCCUCACCUGCUAAAGUGAAGGCUACUUAUCGUCGUCGCCGCCAAACCCAAGAACGAGACACUCCCCCCAAACGACAACGCAAAAACAACCAAGGACGAGCACGUCAACCAUCUCCACCACCACAAACGGAGGCUCAACUUGGAGGAGGGGGACUUCACGGCUUCCUCCAAUUACCCGACAAACAUAGGAGGGCUUUAGAGUGCUUCCUUCCCCUCCCAUUUGGGCAGCAAAGAUGCAUUGAUUGGGAUCUCCUAGAGCGCCUCGGAGCAGCGGACCCCGUUCGCACAUGCCUCCGUCUCCCGGCAUGGUGUGAGGUUCUCUCCAUCAAUGAGGUCAUCUACCGAGAGCUUACCAUUGAGUUCCUCAGCACUCUCUCCAUCAAGUUUAUGUGCGAAUUUCACCUCGACAAGCCCGAAGACAACAUAACUUUUCGCCUUGGAGGACAGGCGAGACAGAUGAGCAUCACUGAGUUCAGAGAGGCACUCCAGAUAUACCCACCAGGAUUUCUCACUACAGGUCAUGGUUUGAUUUCAGAGAAAGUAUAUUCACCAAGAGCACAAUUGGUCGAUGCUAUGUGGAAAAGGGUAAAACAAAACCAUGUGGACAAGUCUGACACUGCCCACUAUAAAGGGAAUGAUCUUCUUCCCCCAUGGCGUAUCAUCCACAACAUUAUCGCUCAUUCUGUGGCAGCUAGGGAGGGGAGCCCGGGGAGUGUGACCAAGCGGGAUUUGAACUUUUUCCUCUCUAUGGUAAAAGAUCCCCCAAUUCAUCUUGGUUUAGUCAUACUGAAAACCCUACAGAAGAUGACCUCCAACAAACAAAUCAAGACCAUCCAUGGAGGUGCCUACAUCACAAGGCUAGCUCGGCAUUUUGGCAUUGAUCCGGUGGGUUCUCAUUGCACCAUUGCCCAGUCCACUCAACCAAUCUCCCAAAAAAACCUUGCGGAUCUAUAUUUGUUGUCAAAGGUAAAUGUUCCAACCAACACUUUCCUUUUCACAGUGAAUGCUAAAACAGAACUAGUCGGGAUUCAAACAAUCUAG